AUGGCCUCCCCACUCGACGGCCUCACCAACCUCCUCGCCACGGCGGGCAAGCGCUUCACGACCAACAUCCAGUCGACCUUUUCCAACCUGACGCCGGAGAAGUGGAUCCGGCUGGUGAUCAUCGUGGGCGCGUACAUGCUCCUGCGGCCGUUCCUGAUGAAGCUGGGCGAGAAGUUGCAGAUGAGGGCGCACGGCAAGGACUCGGAGGAGGACACAACGGCCAAGGCGGCCAUCUCGCCGAACCAGCUGCGCGGCCAGGUCGAGAUACCGGAAGACAGCAGCGACGAGGAUGACGACGAGGAGGAGGGCGGGGCCCGGGGAUUGGGCGGCCGGACGUCCGGGGCCGACUGGGGCAAGAAGGCGCGGAGGAGGCAGCGCGCCGUCAUCAGGAAGCUGUUGGAGGCGGAGGAGAGGAAGCUGCAGGAGUCGAAGGAGGAGGAGGAGGAUAAGGAUAUCGAGGAGUUCUUGGUUCAAUAG